AUGAAAACCUACAAAGCAAACCCACUCGCUCUACAACCAGACGGAAAAAAGGAGAAGAAGAGACAAAAAUGUCCACUCAAAUCUACAAAUCGCCAAACCGAUUCCUCUUCAUCGCGUCAUUUAUUACUCGACGCCAUUCAACCAUAUUUACACGAACGCGUCGGCUUAUCAUCCGCAGGAACAACAGCAAAAUCAUCAAAAUCAAUAUUUUACUCAACAUGGAAAUCCCCAUCGUUGAUGAAUGUAUCCGGUCCGCCCGUCCUGCGACAAUUCAAGACCUGGCUCGCUGACAGAAGAAAAUAUUUCGACUCUUUGAGUACUCAUAGCCCCGAACAAAAUAUGCAACUGCGACUACUCAAAUCAUCCUCGGAAUCAAUAACAAUUGAUACCCGCGGUUUAACGCAGAGGUUUCGACCAACUCUUGUAAUACUUCAUGACGAACUGGAAGCUAGGCCGGGACAGAUCAAGAUUCGUCGUGAAGGUCCUCAACAAGCUAGUGUUAGAGGUCAUAAAGGGUUGAUCAGUAUUAUGGAGAGUUUGAGGGGAGCUGGUCUUCUCUCUUCUUCUUCUUCUGCUAGUAAGAAGUCGAUGGCUAUUCUUAGGAUUGGGGUUGGGAUUGGACGGCCUGAGAGUCGGGAGCGGAAUGCGGUGGCGGAUUAUGUCUUGUCGAACAUGGGAGUGCAGGAGAUGCAGGCACUGAGGGAGGCGGUGCCAGAGGUUGUGGAGGUGUUGGUUCAGGAGAUGUAUAGGAGGGAUGAUGAUGAAAUUGCCAUAUAG